AGUACAUCACCAAAUGUUAUUGGUAGGCUUUGAGAAUUUAGCCAUUAUUAUUAGCCAAUUUCCAUCUAAAGUUAGCCAAUUUUAGCCAGUUUCUGUACCAUAUUUAGCCAGAAUUGAGCUCAGCGAUCUGGCAACACUGUGCUGUUGUAAAGGGCCACAAGUCUCGCUAUUGUUGUAAACAGGUCGUCUGUUUUUAUUAUCUCGAGUCCCUUCCAAACAGGGUCACCUCCCAGGAUGCUGCUGCUCAGAGUGGCUCAACAGGCUAUAUUUGCACACGGUAUCAGCCAUGGCUCAAGAGUUCUAGUCGGAGAAUUAAGCACAGCUGGGAGACUCAGCUGCAGGGACCAUCGCUACCACCACCACAUCUCCUUGGUUUGGGAUCGUACAUUCAGCCCUGUACAGUUUGUGAGGAAGAUACACACAACAAGGCCUCGUCUAGUCCAUCCAGUCCUGCUAGCUGUGCUGCGACCAGUCAGCAAGUUUCUCGCUGUCUUGGUGGGUCGAGGCUUCAGGAAGUGGUGGCAGGCAUUACCACGGCAUAAGAAGGAAGUUUUCAGGAACCACUUGCGGCGAAACAUAGUGCGCUAUGCUGUUGGUUGUGGUCUGAUGGGGACAGCAGGCUUUGUGUAUUACAACAACCAUGUCACCACUGCCCCAUACACUGGGAGACGCAGAUUCAUGGCCUUCAAUUCACAGCAACAAUUGUCCAUCUCCAAUCAGCUUUAUCAAGUGGUGAUGGAGGAGUAUGCUGAUCACAUGCUGUGCAAGGAUCAUCCGAUGGUAGACUGUGUCCGUAGGGUUGGCAACAGACUCCUGCAGGCCAACAAUACCAUGCCAGAGAUGUACACAAGGGUAUGGACAGUCUCUGUGGUGGACAACUCCCUUAUGAAUUGCUUUGUGCUACCGACUGGUGACAUUGUAAUGUUCACUGGAAUGAUGGAAGUCCUUGACAAUGAUGACCAGGUGGCAGCAGUGUUGGCCCAUGAGAUGAGUCACACCAUUCUGGAACAUGUAGCUGAGCACCUCAGCCAAAACUACCUGCUGGACCUGGUCAUUUUGUUCCCUGUGGCACUCAUCUGGGCAGUCCUUCCCAAUGACUUACUUGCUGCACUCUCUCACUGGCUACUCAACCGUGUGGUGGAACUCUUCCUCAGACUGCCGUACUCCAGGACCUUAGAGUCAGAGGCAGACCACUUGGGUUUGCGUUUGGCUGCCAAGGCCUGCUAUGAUGUGCGGGAGUUCAGUGCAUUUUGGGGAAAGAUGGCUGUGCUGGAAAAGGUGAAGAAGAUGAAUGGUCAGGAAACAGAAGUCCCCUUCUGGUUGUCCACUCACCCAAGUAAUGAAGACCGUCAGAAGGAGAUGGAUAAACAGAUGCCUGAAGCCAUUGACCUACGUCAGUUCUGUAAGUGCCCUAGCCUGUCACUAAGGGAUCCAAGGGAGCCAAUCAAAAGGCUACAGCAGUCAGUAACGGAGCAACACAACCAAACAUCACUCAAGGGCACUCCUCUAAAGGAAGGUUCAACUGCCUCAUCCUCCUCGUGAUCCUUUGCAUUCUCAUUUUUCAUUCCUCUGCAUCACUGGUGCUAUGACAUCAGUAUUGUCAUUGUAGCCCUACUCUCAUUGGAUGGUAGUGGCCACAAAACUAUUGAUAGUUGUAUGAUAUCAGAACAUAAAGUAUGUACUUCCAAAAAUGGAUAUUUUUACACAAUGAUAUCAGGCUGCACAUAAGUUGUAUAGGGAAACCAAGGUGGACUGAGCAAAAAUGCUCAAUGAGUGAAAUCUGAAGUAUCUAUAAUUAAGGCCUUCUUAAAGAUAACAUGGCUCAUUGUUGUAAUGUGUGGAUCACUGUGGAAGUCUUAUCAUGAAAGUUGCCCUCAUAGUCCAUCUGUUCUUUCUUGACUAUGUAAACAUAUUUUUGUUAUAGAUAUGCUGUAUAUUUUAUUAAAUAUUUAUUGUGAACUGCCA